UUUUUUUCCGCGCAGUUAUCGUUCGCACGUCUCCUUGGCCAGUUGGGCGUGCCAAAAUUUCUUUGUUCUGUGAUAUUCAAACAUAUCCAUCAUGCCGGAGGAAAAAUUUGAUCUCCAAAAAGUGCAGUCCUACUUUGAACGAUGCUACGUCGGAAACGAUGACGUUCUCAUCGAUCCUUACUUGGAGGCCUUUCGGGAACUGAACAAAUUCUUAUCAGUGAUGGGAACUGUAUUUGGAUUCAUUUGCAACGAAAUCAAAGAAAAGGUACGGAUUCUGGAAAGUCUUCGCCACGAUCAAAGCCACGGUGCACAUUUCGAGUCCGUGCGGAAGAUGAUGGAUUACGAGACGAGUAAUGGAUUGGUGCACAAAAAGGGCUACAUAUCUGGUUGUCGAACUAUGCAACGACUUCAUCGGGGUUUGAAUUUCAUCUAUGAAUUUCUCAAGCAACUAUCGGAGCUAGAAACAGCUGACGCCAAAACCAGCGGCGUCUGUCAGGCGGCCUACAACGACACACUGGCGGAGUUCCAUCCGUGGAUAAUUCGUAAAGGUGCCAUCAUGGCCAUGUACUCACUGCCCACCAGAAACGAACUGCUGGAGAAGAUGUGCGACGAUGCCAAUGCUACACUCAAGCUGCUACCGGAGAUGUUGCAUACAGGCCGGGCGGUGUACGAUCGGACACAUUCACUGUACACGAACUACGGACUUCAUGGUCUACCUUGAGCCAUAGGCAGAAUACUACAUUUCUUAGAAAAGUUUCCACGCCACAGAUUGAGAUCAAUACUCUAUUCAAAAUGGAAUUGGCAGUUGUACGAUUAUUACUGUUACAGUGAAUUAAAUUUUCGGUGAAUUAUGUGUCACGAGUAGUAAAAUAAUUCAACUACGUAUCUCCUUCAAUGCAAAAUGUGCUUUCUUUUGUGAUAAUAAAUACCAACACGUGCCUGUUUCAAAUUUACAAA